AUGUUAUACUUAUUUAUUGGGUACUAUUGUAACGAAAUAAUGCGUGGCAUAUGUGAUACUGGAAACUUCCAUUUGACAAUAGAAUCACAAAAACAUCGAUGUAGUCCCUCAUUAUUAUCUCUUGUGAAAUCAGAUAACUCCGACGGUAUACUACAAAAAAUGAAAAAAUUCAUUGAAGAUUCACCUUCACCAUCCGUUAACUCAUUAGCAGCCCCAACAGCAUUUCUCGAUACAGACGAGAAUGAAGACUCAAAUCAGUCGCUAUUAUUAGCGGAUAAUCUGAACAAUCGACCAUCAUCAACUUCAACAACAAUAUCCACUGUUGUCCGAAAAACAUUGACAACAGGCAUUAGAUCGGCUCUAAUGGUCGAUCAGGAUUGUGUGAAAUUUGAUGGUGACAAGAAAGUUUUUAUAGUCGAAUCUCUUGAUUUAAAAAAUGUUUACGUGGUGUAUCUCAAUAUGCCGGUGAAACAUGGUGAUAACAAGGUGAAUGCGGGUGCUGAUCGUAAACGAACGAUAAAAGAAGCGAAAGAAGGAACACCCGGAGGUAAAGUACCCCGAAGAAUUGACAAAGCUGCAAACAAAAUAUAUGAGCGGCUAUUACUAGCAAAAACUUCUUCCAGUAGCACUAACACUGCAUCAUCAUUAUCCUGUACUACUACAACAAUGACAACAAGAAACAUCUUACAACCGAUUACUAAUUUGGUAUAUGUACAAACACCAACAACAAUUCCAUCAUCAAUCAUCUCAUCGACACCAUUACUACCGUCAUUACCCAAUCAACAAAUUCGACGUCCACGGUUUGAACCACGAUACAAUUAUGUUUCGCCCGCACUUGUAAGUCAAAAACUUCCAGAACAUGUCUUUUCGUGGAUUAACAGAAAUUUUACUGAAAAAGAAAAAGUUCUAGAAAUAUUAUCUAAACUUCGAAGAGAAGCGUACCAAUCGCAUGCAUUCUGGCGUUUCUCGACAACAUCUUUGCAUCCAGGUGAACCAUCUAUACCUGGAAUGAUUGAUCAAUCAUUUGAAGAAGUUAGAUGGGGAUAUUUAAGUUGUCCCCAAGAUCAAACACAUAUCUAUAAAGAUUAUUAUAGAAAACAUUGGGAAGACGCCGAAAAACGCCUCUUGCAAUUAUCUCGAUUAGAUGAAAUGUUUCUGAACGAAAUUAAGCCAUUGAUCGAGGCUUACAUAUGUAGAUAUAAACCGACCCAGCAACAAGAAACAAUCUCCAUGUCGUAUUAUACACCAAGAAAUCAAUUACGACCAGAAGAUUUGAAUGCAUUCGAAAGUGAUAAAUUUGAAUUAGGACAUAUACCGUCCGUUCCACCGUCACAAAACCUUUGUAGAUAA